AUCUCUCACAUCCCCUCUGGAGGAGUGGCACUGACCAUCUUAAAAUCAACACAACUUUCUCUUUGCACAUUUUUGGAGAAUAGCUGUUUCAUUAUCUGGAAAACAAAACCAUCUGCAGUUACUAUAUUAAAAGGUUUCGGUGGAGUUUUGUCAUGGCAGCAUUAACAAGUGGAGAACAGACAGUCAAAUAUCUCUUAUUCAUCUUUAAUUUUGUUAUUUGGCUUGCAGGUACAGCAGUUCUGUCUAUCGCUCUCUGGCUGCGUUUCGACAAGGCGACUCAGAGCUUUUUUCAAGUGGAAAACUCACCUACAACAUUCCUUAUUGGUGUUUACAUUCUCAUUGUGGCUGGAGCCCUUAUGAUGGUCGUUGGCUUCCUUGGGUGCUGUGGAGCCAUCCGAGAGUCACAGUGUAUGCUGGGAUUGUUCUUCAUUUUCCUGCUCAUCAUCUUUGCAGCAGAAGUGGCAGCAGGAAUCUGGGGGCUGUCCAAUAAAGACAAGAUUGUAGAAGAGGUCAAGCAAUUCUACAUUCAGGCCUUUAAUAACUACCAAAAGACACCAAACCAGAUUGCACUGAAAGAAACAUUGACUGCCAUUCAGUUUAGUCUUCAAUGCUGCGGUACCACUGGAACGAUUUUUGACGGUGCCUCUGAUACCUGCCCAAAGCAACAGGGCCUGGCGCAAUUGAUCACAACAAGUUGCCCAGCUGCAAUAGAAGAUUUGUUUAAUUCCAAAAUGCACAUUAUUGGAGGUGUGGGUAUUGGCAUCGGUGUGAUCAUGAUCUUUGGCAUGCUCUUCAGCAUGCUGCUGUGCUGUGCCAUCAGACGGACACGAGAUGUUGUGUAAAGUCGGUUGCAGAUUCUUCCACUUCACAACUGCCUGUCUGGCAGUGUGUUCACUGCCAAAGCACAUAGCCUCCUUUUAAUAUUUUAUUCUUUUUCUUAAUGCAGUUGCAUAUACUCGUGAAAAUAUCACUUUAGAAAACUGUUCAUAGCUCUGAGUUUUACCAUAGCAAAUGGUUUGCUUGAAGUAUUUUAAUUUCCCUACUCCCCCCCCCCUCGUUGUUUUGUGUACAUGUUCAUUUUUUCACUACUUAUUUUGCAAAGGACUGAUUUUAUAACUACAUAAUCCCCAGAUACCUGUACUGGAGUGUUUAACUUUAAAAUGCUAAAUAAAUUUGUCUAAUACAAACA